GGCCGCUGUCCCGCGCCACGACGACUGGCGGGCCGCUGGCACUUGUACCAACGAGUCUAGUAGUUCAUACGCUCUUUUCAUUUGGCCCCCUCCCCCCAGUUGUGCGCUCGUUGAUGGUGGCCAGGUUUAAAACCCAGGACCAGCCUAUCGUAUGACAUGGACGCACAUAAGAGCACACAUAAAUCACUAUCAUCUUCUUCACUGCACCAUGUGGCGCCUGGAUGGCCAUGAGGUGCUCCGCAGUUGUCUCGACUAUUUGGUUAGCGGAAUGAUAGAAACACUAGGGAAUGCCGAUCAGCCUGGCUCAGGUGUGCGACCGUGGAAUUGAAGGCUGCUCCACAAUUGCAUCGGCGGCCGGCCCAGAUGGAAUUUGCGAUUGACGUCUUGACGGGCCGGCUCACCAUGGUUGAAGGGUGGAGGCCAGCAAUCGCGGGAACAUCAUUGCUCGAACCUUAGUUGCAGGAUUCAUCCAAGAGCCGAUAGAGGAAAUCCUGGGAGACUAAUGACUUCAUUGACCGGUCACUCCCUUCCUGAAGCGUCCGAUGUAGUCUCAAUUUUGAUGAUUGUGUCCGUCGGUUUUAAGAACCGCGCUUGGAAAUAAGCGGUGACGGUUUUAGUCGAUGCCGAAGGAAG